AUGAUCGACUUAGGGCUAAGUCGCAUUUCGCGUCUUCUCCAACAGACCCCGCUCACAUGGAAGGCCAUCCACAUUGCGGGGACAAACGGCAAAGGCUCGAUCAGCUCCUAUCUCUCCCACCUACUUUCAACUGAUGGUGUUCGAUGUGGGCGUUUCACCUCUCCUCACCUAAUCGACCGAUGGGAUUGCAUUACCAUCGAUGAACGGGUCGUCCAGGAAUCUCUCUUUCGACAAAUCGAGGACCAGGUCAAACAACGAGACCAGACAUUGGGGAUUGGGGCAUCCGAGUUCGAGCUCUUGACAGCAACGGCCUUCGAGAUAUUCAAUCAUGAGCGGGUCGAAGUCGGCGUUGUCGAGGUAGGCAUGGGUGGUCGCCUAGAUGCGACAAAUAUACUGGGCAAUGUGCUGGUCUCGGUCAUUGCUAAGAUUGGAAUGGACCACCAGGCAUUUUUGGGCUCAACAGUUGAGGAAAUCGCCCGGGAAAAAGCUGGAAUCCUCAAACCAGGAGUGCCUUGCGUCGUUGAUAAUACCAACGAGUCAGCGGUGCUGGGGGCCUUGUCAGCCCGCAUUGAAGAGCUCGGCAUCGAUGCAACAUUUGUCUCCCCGGACAAGGUAGAAGAGCAACUCCCGCCGCUUGCGCAGCUAUUCCAGAAGACAGAUCUUGAACGCCACCAACAAGAAAACAUGUGCUGUGCUGUAUCAGCAUUGCGCCUUGCUUUACCCAUGAUCCGCCCUGGAGCAGAUACCUUUUCCCUACUUCCACAUCUUACCAACGUGAAGUGGCCUGGUCGCUUGGAGACUAUCGGUUUACAAUCCCUGGUUGGCCGGGAAGAAAACGCCCUCUUAGAUGGCGCGCAUAACCCCCAAUCGGCCGACGUCCUGGGAAAGUACGUCGACCGCAAACUCCGACCCCAAGGAAGCGUGACUUGGGUGGUUGCAGCUUCGAGUGGAAAAGACUUGGCUGGAGUUUUCCGCUCCAUCAUCCGACCUGGAGACAAUGUCGCAACAGCCGAGUUUGGGCCUGUGGAUGGGAUGCCUUGGGUGGCACCCACCAAUGCCGUGGAACUGGCAUCGACCAUCCGGUCUAUUCCUGAGAUUGGCCAAGUAGACAGUUUUGAAGGAGAUCUCAUCCCAGCCAUUAAAUGGGCUAGCGAGAUGGCUCAGGGUGGACCACUCGUUAUUGCAGGCAGCUUGUACUUGAUUUCUGAUGUGCACCGACUGCUUCGGGCAGCACAAAAAUGA